AUGGCUCCGCCACCUGCGGUGCCGGAAGCGGACCACCAGGACGACGAUGACGGCAUCCCGGAAGGGACCGGGGUAGACCUGAGAGUGGCGGUACGUAGGCUCAAGGCCAGGAAUAUCACCCCAGGACCCGAUGGCUUGCCUAGCAAAGCCUGGGUCCUGGCCUCGGAGGCUCUCGGGCCCCGACUGGAGGGGCUCCUAAGCGCAUGCUUGGAGAGAGGCCAAUUCCCGCUUCGUUGGAAGACGGGGAAGCUGGUCCUCAUUCGGAAGCCGGGGCGCCCUGCGGACUCUCCGUCCGCAUACCGGCCCGUGGUGCUGCUCGACGAGGUGGGCAAGCUCUUUGAAAGAGUCACUGCAAACCGCCUCGCCGAGCACCUUGCGGGGACGGGGCCGGAUCUUGCCGGGGGGGUUGUUUUGGCGGUGUCUCUCGACAUCGCCAAUGCCUUCAACUCCAUGCCCUGGAGCUGCAUUAGGGAGGCACUCCGGUAUCACCGGGUGCCGACCUAUCUCCGUCGUAUAGUCGGGGACUAUCUGACGGAUAGGGCCGUCAUCUACCCCGGUCGCAACGGUGAGUGGAACCGGCGAGAGAUGUCGUGCGGUGUCCCACAGGGUUCGGUUCUGGGGCCGCCCCUGUGGAACAUCGGUUACGACUGGGUGCUGCGCGCCGACCUCCCUACCGGCGUCAGCGUAGUUUGCUACGCUGACGACACGCUGGUACUGGCACAGGGGGGUCGUACGAGGCGGCGGCGGAAACUAUGA